AAUAGGUAUUAUUAUUAGCACGAAUUUUGUUAGGAAUUUAGCUAAAUCUAAUUUUCAUAAUUAAUAGAGCGCGAAUUCCUCAACGCGCCGCCGAUAUGACGGAGCCGAGGCGAUUAAGAGGGCACAGCGCCGCCGCCACUUGUUGCAUCGCUUCCCGAGCCCGACCAGGCUUCAUCGCCACAGCCGCCGAGGAUGGUCGCGUUUGCUUUUAUGAUUUGCGGUGCAAAGAUAUGCUGUUCUCUAUGGAUGUGGGGAAUGGGAACCCUGUUUCAUCUUUAUGCUUCAGGCCAGGGAAUGAAGAGACCAUCUAUGUUUCUGUAGAAAAUGAAGUCAAGUGCUUUGAUUUACAUAUGACGAAUUCGUGGAAGCAGCUAGAAAGUUACAAUUAUAAUAAGGAUGAGAUAAAUCAGAUUGCUUGUCACCCAAAAUCGUCCUUUCUAGCUGCUGCAGAUGAUGCGGGAGAUGUAAAGAUCGUUGAUGUUCACCAACGAUGUCUAUACAAAACAUUGAGAGCAGGUCAUCAGAGUAUCUGCAGCAGUGUCCAGUUCCUUCCUUGGAGAUCUUGGGAAGUCAUCACUGGUGGUCUGGAUUCAAAACUUGCGCUUUGGGACUUCUCCAAAGGGCGUCCAAACAAAAUUAUGGACUUUGGCAGCGGAGGCAACGCUGGACAGUGCUAUAACCCAGCUUUUGUGCAUGCUCUAGUAGUUCCUGACCUUGAUUUUGUAGAUAGUGUUGGAAAGAUCUGUGUUGUGGCUAGGGGUGAUGGUGUUGUCAAUGUAAUUAAUCUUGAGCCCGAACAUGCUUCUCAAAAAUCCAAAAAUACAUCAAAGCCAAACACGGGUACUAAAUCACAACCAAAAGAGGAUUCCCCAACCGUAGAUCAAAAUGACGGAAACCUACAUUUGGACUACUCGAAGGGAGGACAUGUGGCUGCAGUAUCCUCUGUGAGCUUUUCUAUGUUUGGAGAGAAAGGGAAGUUUAUCAUUUCUGGUGGAAACGAUAAGUCAGUAAAAGUCUGGGAUUGGAUGAAAUCACAUGAUGGUGGUCAAACUAGCAACGGCAGCAGUGAUAUUCUAUGUUCCAGCAUUACUCUGAGUAGAAAGGUGAAUUGGCUCUGCACAACUCCCUCAGAUUCGGAAAAUCUAGUUGUCUGUGAUACAUCUAAACUAGUAAAGGUUUAUACAAUUGAAAAUACUCUGGGGAGAAUUAGAAACCUGCUAUUUGCAGAAGGUGGCAAAGUAAAGAUGAUGGAAUCUGGAAUUCCCAUAUGCAACACUUGUGGAGAACAAGUGGGAUUAAACUCCAAAGGUGAAGUCUUUGUAGCCUGCAAUGAAUGCAAUUAUCCCAUUUGCCAACAUUGUUUGGAUUACGAGAUCAAGGAAGGCCGUACCGCCUGCAUCCGCUGUGCCACUCCUUAUGCCGAAGAUGGUGCAGCAGCGGCUGAAGAAUCCGGCAAUCAUAUUCCAACUAUACAUACUUCUCAGGAAACUGGAGUUCAUGCUAGAAAUAUCAGUACUGUUUCCACAAUAGACAGUGAAUACAUGGAUGAUUCUGGAAAUCCGAUAUGGAAGAAUCGGGUGGAAAGUUGGAAAGACAAGAAGAACAAGAAGAGCAAAGCUCCCAAAAAGGAUAAAAAGGCAGAAAUAGUUCCAACUGAACAGCAAAUGGAUGGCCAACCUCAGUCAGUGGAUGCUUCUCAGCCACUUUCCAGAGUGAUCCCUAUACCGAAAUCCCAGCUCACAGCAUACAGAGCUGUGAUCAUCAUGCGACUCAUCAUCCUAGCCUUUUUCUUCCAAUAUCGUGUCACACAUCCUGUUGAUAGUGCCUUUGGUCUAUGGCUGACUUCUGUCAUCUGUGAGAUAUGGUUUGCCUUCUCUUGGGUGCUCGAUCAGUUCCCCAAAUGGUGUCCUAUCAACAGAGAGACCUUCAUUGACCGCUUGUCUGCUAGGUAUGAGCGCGAGGGAGAGCCGUCUGAGCUUGCUGCUGUGGAUUUCUUUGUGAGUACAGUGGAUCCAUUGAAGGAGCCUCCUUUGAUAACAGCAAACACAGUCCUCUCGAUCCUCGCAGUGGAUUAUCCGGUUGAUAAAGUCUCUUGCUAUGUAUCUGAUGAUGGUGCAGCCAUGCUUACCUUCGAGUCCCUUGUAGAGACGGCUGAUUUUGCAAGGAAAUGGGUGCCCUUCUGCAAGAAAUUCUCCAUUGAGCCUCGUGCCCCGGAGUUUUACUUCUCACAGAAGAUCGACUACUUGAAGGAUAAAAUCCAACCUUCCUUUGUCAAGGAACGCAGAGCAAUGAAAAGAGACUACGAAGAGUAUAAAGUUCGGAUAAAUGCUUUAGUAGCAAAGGCCCAGAAAACACCAGAUGAAGGGUGGAUCAUGGCUGAUGGAACAUCUUGGCCGGGAAACAAUUCCCGCGAUCAUCCUGGAAUGAUUCAGGUGUUUUUAGGAAACACAGGCGCACACGAUACCGAUGGCAAUGAGCUGCCGAGGUUGGUUUAUGUCUCUAGAGAGAAGAGACCUGGUUACCAACAUCACAAGAAGGCUGGUGCAGAAAAUGCUCUGAUAAGAGUUUCUGCGGUUCUAACAAAUGCACCGUAUAUACUCAAUCUCGAUUGUGAUCACUACGUGAACAACAGCAAGGCUAUUCGUGAGGCAAUGUGUUUCUACAUGGAUCCUCAAGUCGGCCGCGAUGUCUGCUAUGUGCAGUUCCCCCAGAGGUUCGAUGGCAUUGACAAGAGUGAUCGAUAUGCCAACCGUAACACAGUUUUCUUCGACGUGAACAUGAAAGGGUUGGAUGGAAUUCAAGGACCAGUGUAUGUCGGGACAGGAUGUGUCUUCAACAGACAAGCCCUUUACGGCUAUGGCCCUUCAAAUCUACCUACUCUGCCUGCCAAGUCAUCGUCGUCGUCUUGCUGCUGCUGUCGUCGAAAGAAGCCGGCGAAGGAGAAGGAUUUCGCAGAGACGUAUCGUGAUGCCAAACGAGAAGACCUCAACGCUGCCAUCUUCAACCUCAGAGAGAUCGACAAUUACGAUGAGCACGAGAGGUCAAUGCUCAUCUCCCAGAUGAGCUUCGAGAAGACCUUCGGGCUGUCUAGCGUCUUCAUCGAGUCGACGCUGCUGGAAAACGGAGGAGUGGCUGAUUCCGCGAAUCCAUCAACGCUGAUCAGAGAAGCAAUCCAUGUGAUCGGCUGCGGGUAUGAAGAGAAAACGACAUGGGGGAAAGAGAUCGGUUGGAUCUACGGGUCGGUUACAGAGGAUAUUCUGACGGGAUUCAAGAUGCAAUGCCGCGGGUGGAGAUCAAUCUACUGUAUGCCGCUGAGGCCGGCGUUCAAGGGAUCUGCGCCGAUCAACUUGUCGGACAGGCUGCACCAGGUUCUGCGAUGGGCGUUGGGAUCAGUCGAGAUCUUCCUGAGCAGACAUUGCCCCUUGUGGUACGGCUUCGGCGCCGGCCGCCUCAAAUGGCUGCAACGCCUCGCCUACAUCAACACCAUUGUUUACCCUUUCACCUCUCUCCCUCUGGUCGCAUACUGCACCCUCCCCGCGAUAUGCCUCGUCACCGGCAAAUUCAUCAUCCCCACGCUGUCGAAUCUGGCGAGCGUGCUGUUUCUAGGGCUUUUCAUAUCGAUCAUCCUGACGAGCGUGAUCGAGCUGCGGUGGAGCGGGGUGAGCAUCGAGGCGCUGUGGCGUAACGAGCAGUUCUGGGUGAUCGGCGGCGUUUCGGCGCAUCUCUUCGCGGUGUUCCAGGGGUUCCUGAAGAUGCUGGCGGGAGUGGACACGAACUUCACGGUGACGGCGAAGGCGGCAGACGACGGGGAGUUUGCGGAUCUGUAUGUAUUCAAGUGGACGACGGUGCUGAUCCCGCCGACGACGAUCCUGAUAAUGAACCUGGUGGGAGUGGUGGCGGGAUUCUCAGACGCGCUGAACAGCGGGUACGAGUCGUGGGGCCCGCUGUUCGGGAAAGUGUUCUUCGCGUUUUGGGUGAUUCUUCAUCUGUAUCCGUUCCUCAAAGGUCUGAUGGGGCGGCAGAAUAGGACUCCCACCAUUGUUGUGCUGUGGUCGGUGCUUUUGGCCUCUGUUUUCUCUCUCAUAUGGGUGAAGAUCGACCCCUUCGUCAGCACCAAUGAUGCAUCGGCGGCUGCGGCCAGCUGCAUCUCCAUUGAUUGUUAGAGAGGAGGAACCUCUUUUCAAAUUUGGGUUUUUAUUUUGUACUAAAAGAAUGAUGGUGGACGUGUUUGGUCAGAUUGAUUACUGUUUUAGUUUAAUUUGAAUACGUGGGUUUGAAGGAGCAAUUUCAAUCUUCUGUAAUGUGUUCAUUUAGUAGAUGAUUUUAGAACAAGACCAAGGGAUUUGCACCGCCGCUUAUUA